CAGAACAACAUAUACGGUAACAGAAUUCCUCAUCACAGGAUUGGAUGAAGUACAACACCCAAAGCUGGUGGGAGCGCAUUUUGUUCGUCCUCUUUCUCAUUCUGAUCGGAAGCAUCACCAACAUUUGUGUCAUAGCAUUCAACAAGCCUCUGCAUACCCCCAUGUACUUUUUUAUUUGCUCACUAGCAAUGGUAGACAUAGUCUACACCAGCGGCAUUAGUGUUACAAUGCUUAACGUUCUCCUUGGUGAGGAGAGAAGAAUCKCCUAUGCACCRUGCAUGAUACAGUGCUUCUUAUAUCAUUUAGGAAGCGCUAUGGAACCCUURGCUAUUGCUCUGAUGGCUUAUGAUCGCCUUAUUGCAAUUUCAUAUCCUCUUCGAUAUCAGACUAUCUUAACUAAUACAAAUGUAUGUUUACUUAUAAUAGCCACUUGGGCAGUAGGCUGCAUGUUAGCCAGUUUGUUGACUGGCUUGGUGAACAAUCUGCCCUUUUGUGGCUCAAAUAAACUUCCAUACAGCUUUUGUGAAUAUGCAGCCUUAGUAAGAGCAGCAUGUGUGAAUCUUUCACUUUAUUUCAAUGCAAUUUCUGCUUUGGCGGCUACUGUAUUAUGGGGUAAUUUAGCCUUGAUAAUCUUCUCAUACAUGAAGAUAGUUUAUGUAGUGAUACACAUGUCUUCAUCCAAAGACAGGAGGAAAACGUUUAACACCUGUGUCUCUCACAUGAUAGUGGUGGCUUGCUUCUUUAUCCCCAAGGUGUUGUUAAUAUUGGUCACCAGGGUUGGUUUGGUUCUCACGCUCUCUCACAGAAAUGGCCUAAUCAUUGGCUCUACUCUGGGCCCCUCUCUUGUGAACCCACUUGUGUAUUGUCUCAAAACCAAGGAGAUUCGAGGGCGGCUGAAAUAUAUUUUCAAGAGAUCUGAAAUUACUCCAAAAAUGUAACGGUUAGGGUUACCAAA